AACCCCCCCCCCGUGUGGUCACGUGUAGGUAGACCGUGUCAUAAACCUGGUUUUUGAUGAUGCAGAUGUCGGACCACACAGUCGUACGAAUCACACACUCGGCUCAUUUGAUAUCAUUCUCUCUAGACUUCAGGACGUGGCACCGGCACUCCCUCGCAGCGGGAUCACGACCUCCAAAAAGAAAACCUCAAGCUCGCCUCCGAGAACCUGGAGCUGCGCUUUAAGCUGGAGCAAAGCAACGUGGACUUACCGAGACUCAAGAAUCAAGUUGCAGACCUGAAGGAGAUAUGCACUGCUCUGAAAAAGGAAAAUGCUGAGGUGAAGAAAAAGCUGGCCCAUGUGCAUGGAGCUGGCCAGAGUGGUAAAACUGUACCUGAACUGGAGAAAACCAUUGGGCUGAUGAAGAAGGUGGUGGAGAGGGUACAGAGAGAAAAUGAGACCCUGAAGAGGUCGAGCGCGUCCGCGAAUAAAGACCGAGCCGCUGCUUUGAAGCAGGAAAAUGAGAAACUAAAGGCCGACUAUGAGAAGCUAAAGAGUCAAAGUGAGGCUGAGCUGAAUUCCAAACUGGAAUCCAAAACCAAAGGACUGGAGAAAAUCGUGAUGGAAAACGAACACCUGCGCAAGCGCAUCAAAAGGGAAGCGGAGACUGCCGAGAGGCUGAGAGCCACCAAAAUGAAUCUGGAGGUGAAUAACGCGAAGCUCGAGGCAAAGCUGGAAGAAACCGACAAGCGGCUUCUCGCAGCUCUGUCCUCGCCGCUCACAGAGGGAGCAGACAAGAACUGGAAGGCGUCUGUCGUAACAAGAAUGUAUGAAAACAAAAUGAAGGAACUGGAGACGGCGCUCUCACAGAAGACCUCGAGCCUCGCCGAGCUCAAACACCAGCUGAAGGAGGCGAAGGAGCGGGAGGAUGGAGCUCAAACAAGCAUCUGGGGGCUUGAAGAUCAGGUUGACAAGUUAAAAAGCAGAUCGACUGCCUCAGAGAGUGAAACGAGACUCGCCAAAGAGUUCCAGGCAAUGAGGUUGCUGAACACCGAGCUGCAGAAGGAGAACGCGGCUCUGAAGCAAAGACUGGACAAGCACAGUGAGCGCUACGGAGAGGCGUCUCCCAAACUCGAUGAGGGAACGCUGGCAAACCUCCUGCAGGCGGCGGAAAGCGAGAAAGCCAAACUCCAAACCGAGGUGAGCAGGCUGACGAAAGCGCUGGAGAACUUUGACCCGUCGUUUUUUGAGGAGCUUGAGGACUUGAAGUACAACUACAACGUGGAGGUGAAGAAGAACAUUCUGCUGGAGCGAGAGCUGAGGAAAGUGUGCGGUCAGUUUGGUGUCGAGGUUCAAAUGCCCCAUGUGUCCAUCAGUUAACUCGGGGGUCACCACGACUGUUCCCACUACACCCAUAUCAUACACUUUUAGGCUUUAAAAAUCCACUAUGUCCUUAGCAACUGAGGUCAUCUUCUGCCGUGAUGUUGUUUUAUACGAGACACUCACGAAAAAGUGACGACUGACUUGUUAAGCAGUUAUUUUUGGUGUAACUGAAUCAUUAGAAUCAGAACUGAACUGAACUGAAAUACAGUGGGAGCGGAAAGGGGUUGUGUUUCGGCUCGCAAUCGCCGGCUUUCGGUGGUGCGGACGCUACAUUAACCAGACUUCUCUGUUAAAUAUUGAGAUUUGAGACAUUUCCUUGCUAAAUGUUGGAGAUG